CCACGAGGAAAGUUCUGCUGCGCCGCCUUUAGCGGAUUAGCGGUGGUGACGUCCCCGCCUCAGCCCCGCCCUUCCCUCCGCCUGCCACAACAAGCCCGCAUGCUCCGCGAGGGGCGUGGCCAUGACGCCAACAGACAGCCAAUGGUCGGCCGCGGCCAGGUGCGGCCCCGCCCCUCACGCAACGUCGCGUUGGCCUGGCGACGCCGACUACGCAGCUGCGGAACGGAGGGAUCGAUCGAGGCGGGCCCGGAUUCCGUGGUCGAGGUGGUGGUGAGGAUGAUGAUGAUGACGAUGAAGAAGGAGGAAGAGGAGGAGGAGACGGCAGCGGGCCUCGGCACCUCCCCCGUGCCCGGGUUCCUGGCCAAGCUCUGGGCCCUGGUGGAAGAUUCCGGCAGCGACGAAGUGAUCUGUUGGAGCCAGAACGGGCAGAACUUUUGCAUCCUGAACGAGCAGAGGUUUGCCAAAGAGCUGCUUCCCAAGUACUUCAAACACAACAACUUGUCCAGCUUCAUUCGCCAGCUCAACAUCUAUGGCUUCAGGAAGGUGAUUGCCUUGGAGAAUGGCAUGACGGCUGCUGACAAGAACUCCGCCAUUGAGUUCCAGCACCCGUUCUUCAAGCGGGGAAAAGCCAACCUGCUGGCAAACAUCAAGCGCAAGGUGUCUGCGGUGAGAGCAGAAGAUCUCAAAGUCUGCCCAGAGGACUUGCACAAAGUGCUGUCCGAAGUCCAGGAGAUGAGGGAGCAGCAGACCAGCAUGGACCUCAAGCUGGCGAGUAUGAAAAGGGAGAACAAAGCCCUCUGGAAGGAGGUGGCCUCUCUAAGGCAGAAGCACAGCCAGCAGCAGCAGCUCUUGUCGAAGAUCCUUGAAUUCAUCCUGGGUUUGAUGAGAGGCAACUGCAUUCUGGGACUCAAACGGAAAAGACCUCUGGCCGACCCUUCAGGAGCCCCGCCCUCGAAGUACAGCCGCCAGUACGUCCGCAUUCCUGUAGAAGACUGUGAAGCAGCAGCGAUUUCCCAGCACAGCCCAGACGGCAAAGACUCUCUCAUAAUUUGUGACAUCACCGAUGCUCACGAAGAGGAGGUGGAGGAUGGUCCGGAGAAGCUACUUGCUCUGGCCCACCCAAGUAACAGGAAUUGGGAGACCCAGCUGCCCACCAAAGAAGGUCUUGCUGCCUACAAGGCACCACCAGCAUCAGAACUGGAGUUCCCAGAAACCAGAUAUUCUGUGGAGCUCAUAGACAACCCAGGCCAGGCCAGUGCGGUGGGGAGCAAUGCUGUGGAGCUGCAUUCUGUGCAGGCUGGUGCCUGCGAAGACCCUGAUGCGGUGAUCGAUUCCAUCUUGAACGGAAACGAAACAGUGGCGCAGAGUGAUAGUUUGCUGGACAGAGAAGUGAUGCAAGACUUUUUGAACUGCAUCGAUGCGAGCCUCGAGGAGCUGCAGGCAAUGUUGUCUGGGAAGAAAUUCAGCUAUGCCUCAGAAGCGCCGACUGACACCAUCAGUCCCGAGCUUCCUGUGAUGGACACGAACUUGGCGGAAGUUGCACCUGGCUUGGACCAUACAGAAGAUUUGCCGGAAAGCGUAGACAUGAUGGCAACAAAUGAGCGGCAACUGCCAGGAAAGAAUGACAUGCAGGUGAUCCAAUACAGGGGGAACCCUCUGCUCUCGUUGUUUGAAGAGCCUCCUUCGAGCGAUGACGCCUGCAAGCUGGAGGGAGCCAAAGAUGACCUCCUGGCUUCUCUGGAAGACCGCCCUUGCCUGCCGCCCCCUCCUUCUCCUCCGGGCAGCGAGGCUCCUCUGCAGCUCCUCGAUCCCGCCAGCCAGUCCGAGGGCACCACUCCCCUGCUGGAACCUCUGGAGCAGCCUCUCCUCUCAGAAGACCUGAAUGGGGAGUACAAACUCUUCCCCCUCCUGCUUCUCAGCCCCGUUGCAAACUUCAUAGAAGAGGCCUCGGAAAUAGAGACCUCUUGAACGGCCUCCACAGACCUUUGGGGAAACAGCGUCCGAGCUGUGCAAAGGCCCCGAGUCUGCAUCAGGCUGGCAGAGAGGUCCCGCUCCUCUCUUUCUUCUGCCGCCUGAUUUCUUGUAGCGAAAAGGGAAGGUUCUCUUUACCAGAGUUCAAGGGAGGCUGUUGCAAUGCCAGAGUUGUGCCGCGCUGACUGUUUAAAAAGAGGGCAAAGAGCCAGCCUGGAUCCAUUCUCAGUAUUUUACAGCCGAGUACUCUGUUGCUAGAGCAACCGCUUUGUAACUCCGUGUACAGUUUGCCUUUCAAUAUGUGGGUUUUUAAGCUGUCGAGUCUCAUGAUAGCAAGCAUUACAGGAUCACAUUUAUUUUCUUCCAAAAUAUUGUCUCUGCUAAGGUGGUUUGUACUCUUUAUCAUUAGACUUCUUCUUUUUGACACAUUGCAAAGUUUUCUCUACUUUUCUGCCACAGUAGUUAUUCUUCUGAUUUUGUAUUGCAUCACAGGUUAUGUUACAUUUACCUUUAGAAAGCUAGGUAAGCAACUCUUCUGUUUCCUAUGGAAAACAGUCUAUUUUUAAUGCGCCCAUUUAAAAUGACACACCAGUCAGUUUUUAGAUACUCUACAGAAUGCUGGUUUCUCAUGCACAUUGCAUGCCAAAACUGCUGCUCCUGAUAAUGUUACUAGUUCUCAAUAAAUCACAUGCAAGUUAAUCUAAGAUCAACUUAUGGUUAAAUUUCCCCUAUCUGUAAAGAGAACGCACAUCUGCUCUCUUGGGCUGAAGACCUUCCAGUGACCUCUUUCCAUUUGGCCGACGCCGUUCUGAGGGUGAUUAGCUGACACCUGUUUAACUUGGUUCUUUUUGCCUGUUUGUAAAUCUCUUCAUGAGGCUCAGAAGAAUGAGACUUGUUUCUCUCCACCCCUCAACUCCCCACAAUAGAAAGCAGUGAAUUUGAACCAUUGUAGCGUGUUGCUUUUGUGUCUGCGGGGAAUGAUGGUGCUCCAGCCACAGAUUAGCCACGAAAAUGUGUGUGGUGGACCUCUUUGUUGUGAGUUUCAUUUCACACCCUUUUGGACAUCUGGACAGUUGGAGCUGAGGUUCUUCCAUUGUUGACCUCCUGUAUUACUUUAAAAGCACCUUAGUGCCAUGGAAAUAAAAGGAUGCAUGUCCCCGACCACAUGUUCCCCGUGGCCCAAACUGCGGGAGGGAAAGAUUGGAGACAGUGCUAAAGCAGGGGUAAGAAAGACUCUAAUCUCCUAAGCAGACUUUGGUAACUCUCCGAACCCCAUCUCACCCUCCACUGCGUGGACUACAAAGGCCUCUUGUUCACUUGCUCCUGCUUUUUCUUUUCUCUUAUGGAGGGGGGGAAAUGCCUGCCUCUAUUUUCCCUGGCAGGCUCUGUGGGUUCCGAAUGGAUCUACUUCCAAUUUUAACUUAUUCAGAAGUCCAACUUCAAGGCAUUUCAGUCUCUUAGAUUCUUGAGAAAAUUACACUGUUCACCCUAGAAUGUACUUUGAAUAUGUCAUGCUGGCAGCCUUUCCUCCAUAUUUGGUCUGAGAUUAAUAUGAUUCCAAGUCUAAACUCUUGGUUUUACAGGGACAAAAGAGGGUUUGUUUUGCCUGUCCUGUUAAAAAUGUCACAGAUACAAAGGCUAUGUACUUAAAAUGAAAAUUCAAACUGCCUAGCCAGGUUUUGCUGAGGUCAUUGUAACGUGUCAAACUUGUGUCAGCUUCCUGUUGCCAGCGUCUGACGGGUGCAGGCAGAAUUUGUUAGCUGGAGGAACCUGCACGAACUAUUAAACCCCAGGACUGUCAGACCAGCAACUCUUUGUUCUUCUCUCUUGCCAGACAUAGGAAGCUGCCUUGUACUGAGUCAGACCCUUGGUCCAUCUAGCUCAGUAUUGUCUGCUCUGACUGGCAGCAGGAAUCUCUCUCAGCCUUACCUGGAGGUGCUGCCAGGGACUAAACCUGGGACCUUGUUUAUGCAAAACAGGCGCUCUGCCACUGACCUAUGGCCACACCCCCUAAAGGGAAUAACUUACAGCAGACAGUGCUCAUAUGUAGUCACCCAUCUGAAAGCAAAUCAGGUCAGACACUGCGUAGCAAAGGGGGCAAUUCAUGCUCCUUCCCACCAGACCGUCUCUCCUCCCCAAGACAUGCAUGCUGUGAGGGGCAGCGGCAGGCACUUUUGCUUCAGUCGGUUGGUGCAUGUCAGGGUGUUACAACAGUGCAGUGAAAUGCACAGAAGACCCAGAGAAAAGAGAGGGGUGGGUGUGGCUGAGGGCAAACUGGCCCACAAUCAGCGGCACCAGUGGCCUUUCUGCUGCUGGGAUGGAAAUGGAAGGAAAGUAUAGUCUACUGAGGCAUGGCCACUACCACAGCAGAGGAUCAGUGAGACUAAUGAGACUAAUAACCGUCCUCCAGAUCGGUUUGCCCACCUGGUCCCCAUUGAGUGUGGUCACAAUCCUCCUAAGAUGCGAUUAUUCACAAAGUUCAUUUUUUCUCACCAAAAGAGUCCAGUUACAGAAGUCUGCAAAGUAAAUGAAACUGCUUUUCCAGCUAGCUGAUUGACUUCAAAAGGGGCUUGGACAAAUUCAUGGAUGACAGGUCUAUCAGUGGCUGGUGGCUCAGCCUCAGAGGGAAGAUGUCUCUCAAUUCCAGUUGCAGGGCAGCCACAGCAGGAGAGAGCAGGGCAUGCCGCCCUCCCCUCUUGCCUGUGGGCUUCUCGGAGGCAUCUGGUGGGCCACGGUGGGAAACGAGACUGGACUAGAUGAGCCUCCUUGGGCCUGGCUCAGCAGGGCUGUUCUUACGGCCAGUCCUUAGGAAUGCACUCAGAAGAGCAGGCAACCCUUACCUUGAACCCUUAAUGCACAAAGAAGAGCAGGCAACCCUUACCCCAAUUGCCGUCCUGCUUUUAGACCCCCUUUCCCUCACUGGAACCCUCAUCCAAAACAUGGUGCAGCUGGUUUAUGUGUCUGGUGAUUGGCUCUGGUCUAGGUUCCUCAUUCCUGGCACACCCCUAAUGAGCUAACCCCAUGGUCAACGAGCUCCGUUCAUCACACACCCCUCGGGCUACUGGUAGCUAAUGAUAGAGUCCAUGUUGACCCAUCCAGGGAACCCCCGAGCACCAGGAGGAAGUGAGGGGAGCCCACCGUCUUAAGCCCCAGAAUUUCCUGGUGCUGGUGAAUCUCCACUGACCGUGGGUCCCCAGCCCCACAGAGCUGCACGCCAUGGGUGACAAUCAGCUACUUCCACCCACCCAGGAGCUUAUUUCUGGAUCCUUGGAUGAGCCGCUGGUGUGCCCCAAAGGUACUGCUGAUGUAGGAGCUAAAUGCUCCAGAGUCUCUCCUAGAUGGAACAUGCCCCUCCCUGGCAGGCCAAGUAUCAGUCAGUGGUAGCGUGAUAUUUGCUAGCUCUCAGCUCCAUGCCUGGUUGUCGUGGUCCUAUUUCUAGACUCUGGGUCAUGACUUGUUUUUGGAGGAAGGUGCCUGAAAACAUCACACUCAGCAGGCAUGUGAGGGCUCUGAGUGAACCCUCUUGGCUUUUGUUGUUGUGGGCAUGUUGAUGGGACCGAAGCUUGUGCAAGGACGUUCACCACAAGAGCUGAAUGUUCUUGUCACUAUUAGGGAUGCAAAGCUGGAUUUGAAGGAUGUCCUCUUCCAGUAAUUCAGUCCUUGCGUUCUGGGGAUACUUUGGAGCUUGCACCACUGUGUUACCUUGCAAAACAUUUCUGCGGAAGUGAGUGAGAUACUUCCAGAGGGUUACUGCAGGGCAAAGGGUGAUGUGAAGAUCGUUGAAGUUUCUUCCUUUUUUUCCCUGGUGCUGCAGUUUUGGGUGCUUGGAGGAGAAAGUUGCUCAUUUUGGCUCUAAAACAAGCACAUUUGAACUUGCAGAAUUAAGCAGGUGCCCAGCAAAGUGUGAAGGGACUAAAAUAAGCCUGAUGGGGCUCCCUGGCGAACUGGUCAAAGAAGCAGCUUUCAAAGUGGUGAUUCUCUUUAUCUGGUGCAGUAGGAGAGCAACUGGCCCUAUCCAGCCCCAGCAUGGUGUCAUCCUUAUGUUUCUUUUUAGACUGUGAGCCCCUUGGGGACAAAGAACCAUCUUCUCCUCAUUCUUUUUCUAUGUUAACCUCUUUGAAAGCUUUGUGUGUGUGUUGGAAAGCAAUAUAUAAGUAAUGAUAUUAAUCAUAAUUAAUAAAUAAGUCAUUUUCUUCCAGAAAAGAGGGGGGAGGUCAUAUUUAAGACCACCCUGUGAGGAUAUCCCUUCAGAAUUCUUGGCUGAUAGAUAAAAUAGAAUUCCGAUUGAACAGAGCUUUUCAACAGAGAUCCACCCUGGCUAUCAAUAGGUUUCUGGGCAAAAUGCAAAGUGCUGGUUAUAACCUAUAAAGCCCUAAACGGCUUGGGCCCUGGGUAUUUAAGAGAGCGUCGUCUUCAUCAUGAGCCCUACUGCCCAUUGAGGUUGUCUGGAGAGGUCAGUCUGCAGUUGCCACCGGCUCGUCUGGUGGCUACUCAGGGACGGGCCUUCUCCGCUGCUGCCCUGAGGCUUUGGAAUGCGUUCCCUACUGAAAUAAGAGCCUCCCCAUCUCUGGCAGUUUUUAAAAAGCAUUUGAAAACCCACCUCUUCACCCAAGCUUUGUCAGCUUUUUACAUUUUUAGGUUUUAAUCUGUAGAUGAUUUUUAAAUUGUUUAUAUCGUUUUAAGUUUUUGUAUAUGUGUUUAACUGGUUUUAUGUUAUUGUUAACCACCCAGAGACAAAAGGUUUGGGGCAGUGUACAAAAUUGAUAAAUAAAAUAAAAAAAUAAAUAAAUAAAAUAUUGCCCUGUAACUCA